UACACAACAUUGCACAUAGAGAGAGAGAGAGAGAGAGAGGAGAGAGAGUAUGGCGCCUGAAAACGUCGCCGUCCGAUACGCCGUUUAUUAACCUAACCACACCCAACAAGAAGAAGAACCUUCUUUUCUCACUCAAUUCUCUCCCUCUCUCUCUCCGCCUUCUUUGACUGAGUCGACUCUCUCCACCCAACUCGAGUCGCCUCAUCGGUUCAUCCAUUUCUCUCUCUAAAACAAUCCUCAACAAAGGAUCAUCAUCAUCAUCAGAGAGAGAGACACAGAGAGAGAGAGAGAGAGAGAGAGAGAGAGAGAUAUUGAUCUGAUUUCAAUUAUCUUCAACUCCGCUAAAUUUGGCGGAGAUCUCUGAAAAAUUCUAUCAAAAAAUUCACUUCUUGAUGCGUUAGGGUUUUGAGUGGGUGCGUGGUUUUGGGUUUGAGCUCUGAAGAUGAUGAUAUCAAGGGGCUUAUUCGGCUGGUCGCCGCCGCAUAUCCAGCCGCUUACGCCGGUCUCGGAAGUGUCGGAGCCGCCGGAGUCGCCGUCGCCGUACCUGGACACCAGCGCUGAGCCGGUCCCCGUUGAUAUGGAGGAGGACAUGGAGGAUGGUGAGGAGAUGGAACCACCGCCCGCCGCCGUGCCCUUCUCUCGGCUCUUCGCGUGCGCCGAUCGGCUCGAUUGGGUCUUGAUGGUGGUCGGAUCUCUCGCCGCCGCCGCUCACGGCACCGCGCUGGUGGUGUACUUGCAUUACUUCGCCAAGAUUAUUCAUCUGUUGGUUCAUGACAACCCGGAUACGAGGGAUGCUCAGCGUCAUCUUCUUUUUGAUGAGUUCACAGAGCUUACUUUGACCAUUGUCUAUAUUGCCGUGGGUGUUUUUGCAUGUGGUUGGAUAGAGGUCUCAUGCUGGAUUAUUACUGGAGAACGGCAGACUGCAGUGAUCAGGUCAAAGUACGUUCAAGUAUUAUUAGAUCAGGACAUGAGUUUUUUUGAUACAUAUGGGAAUAAUGGAGAUAUUGUAAGCCAAGUACUGAGUGAUGUGCUGCUCAUCCAGUCUGCUCUCAGUGAAAAAGUCGGAAAUUAUAUUCAUAACAUGGCCACCUUCUUUAGCGGCCUUGUGAUUGGAUUUCUCAACUGCUGGCAGAUUGCCCUCAUUACUUUAGCAACCGGUCCAUUUAUUGUUGCUGCAGGAGGAAUAUCAAAUAUAUUUCUCCAUAGGCUUGCUGAGAAUAUUCAAGAUGCCUAUGCCGAAGCAGCAAGCAUUGCCGAGCAGGCAGUUUCCUAUAUUCGAACCUUGUAUGCAUUUACGAACGAAACACUGGCCAAGUAUUCUUAUGCAACUUCACUACAAGCAACUCUGAGAUAUGGUAUAUUGAUAAGUCUGGUGCAAGGUCUUGGACUCGGAUUUACAUAUGGGCUUGCAAUUUGUUCUUGUGCCUUACAACUUUGGGUUGGAAGAUUCCUGGUGACUCAUAAAAAAGCUCAUGGUGGUGAAAUUAUAACAGCCCUGUUUGCUGUAAUUUUAAGUGGCCUUGGGCUGAAUCAAGCAGCUACAAAUUUCUACUCUUUUGAACAAGGGAGAAUUGCUGCUUAUAGACUCUAUGAGAUGAUAAGCCGUUCAUCCUCUGCCGCUAAUCAUGAUGGAAAUACUCUAUCUUCUGUACAAGGAAACAUUGAGUUUCGAAAUGUAUAUUUCAGCUAUCUAUCCCGUCCUGAGAUUCCUAUCUUGAGUGGGUUCUACCUCACGGUACCUGCUAAGAAAACAGUGGCACUUGUUGGCAGAAAUGGGUCUGGAAAAAGCAGUAUUAUACCACUCAUGGAACGGUUUUAUGAUCCCACAUUAGGAGAAGUCCUUUUGGAUGGAGAGAAUAUAAAGAACCUCAAACUGGAAUGGCUAAGAAGCCAAAUUGGUUUAGUCACCCAGGAACCUGCAUUGUUAAGUCUGAGUAUUAGAGACAACAUUGCUUAUGGGCGGUCUGAUGCUACGUUGGACCAGAUUGAGGAAGCUGCCAAAAUAGCACAUGCACAUACAUUUAUCAGCUCACUUGAGAAAGGUUAUGAGACACAGGUCGGUAGGGCUGGUUUAGCAUUGACAGAAGAACAGAAAAUAAAACUCUCGGUUGCUAGGGCAGUGCUUUCAAAUCCUUCUAUUCUUCUUCUUGAUGAGGUUACUGGUGGACUUGAUUUUGAAGCUGAAAGAUCUGUCCAAGAGGCUCUAGAUCUCCUCAUGUUAGGGCGAUCAACUAUUAUUAUUGCUCGGCGGCUUAGUCUUAUAAGAAAUGCUGAUUUUAUAGCAGUGAUGGAAGAGGGUCAGCUAGUUGAAAUGGGAAUACAUGAUGAAUUAAUAGCCUUGGAUGGCCUUUAUGCAGAGCUUCUCAAAUGUGAAGAAGCAGCAAAACUUCCACGGAGGAUGCCAAUGAGGAACUAUAAGGAAACUGCAGCUUUCCAAAUUGAAAAAGAUUCAUCAGCAAGUCAAAGCUUCCAAGAACCAUCAUCUCCUAAAAUGGUCAAAUCGCCAUCUCUUCAAAGAGUUUCUGGUAUCCAUUCAUUCCAGCACCCAGAUGUUGCAUUCAAUUCACAUGAAUCCCCAAGAGUUCGUAGCCCCCCGCCAGAGCAAAUGGUGGAAAAUGGUGUGCCCUUGGAUGGUACAGAUAAGGAACCAUCUAUAAGAAGGCAGGAUAGUUUCGAAAUGAGACUCCCGGAGUUACCCAAAAUUGAUGUUAUGUCUGGGAAUAAACAAACAACCAAUGCUUCUGAUCCUGAAUCUCCUGUCUCACCACUCUUAACAUCUGAUCCUAAAAAUGAACGAUCUCAUUCGCAAACUUUUAGUCGGCCACAUAGCCAAUCUGAUGACAUGGCAGUGAAAGUGCAGGAAGCAGAGAAUAAACGAUCUCGAAACGCACCAUCGUUGUGGAGGCUUGUAGAGCUUAGCUUAGCAGAGUGGCUUUAUGCUGUUCUAGGAAGCACUGGUGCUGCCAUCUUUGGAUCUUUUAAUCCACUCCUUGCUUAUGUUAUUGCAUUGGUAGUUACAGCAUACUACAGAGAAGAUCAUCACCUACGCGAGGAAGUAAACAAGUGGUGCUUAAUUAUUACCUGCAUGGGAAUUGUGACAGUGGUUGCCAAUUUCCUGCAGCACUUCUACUUCGGUAUAAUGGGGGAGAAAAUGACUGAACGAGUGAGGAGAAUGAUGUUCUCAGCAAUGCUGCGUAAUGAAGUUGGAUGGUUUGAUGAUGAGGAAAACAGUGCUGACACCUUAUCCAUGCGUUUAGCAAAUGAUGCUACAUUUGUGAGAGCGGCUUUUAGCAAUCGGCUUUCUAUAUUUAUACAAGACAGUGCGGCUGUUGCAGUAGCGGUUCUUAUUGGGAUGUUUCUACAUUGGCGAUUGGCACUAGUUGCUUUGGCGACCCUACCAGUUCUUACUGUUUCAGCUAUUGCACAGAAGUUGUGGCUUGCUGGAUUCUCUAAGGGCAUACAAGAGAUGCACAGAAAGGCUUCUUUGGUUCUUGAGGAUGCUGUUAGAAACAUUUACACUGUUGUAGCAUUCUGUGCUGGUAACAAGGUUAUGGAGCUCUACAGAUUGCAACUACAAAAAAUAUUCAAGCAGAGCUUCCUUCAUGGGAUGGCUAUCGGUCUUGGAUUUGGAUUUUCACAGUUCCUUCUUUUUGCCUGCAAUGCUCUUCUUCUCUGGUACGCCGCUUACUCUGUUAAAAAUCACUAUAUGCAUCUGCAUACAGCUAUCAAGGAAUACAUGGUGUUCUCUUUUGCAACAUUUGCACUAGUGGAGCCUUUUGGCUUGGCUCCCUAUAUACUUAAGCGGCGGAAAUCGCUUACUUCAGUAUUUGAGAUCAUAGAUCGUGUGCCUAAGAUUGAACCAGAUGAUAAUUCAGCAAUGAAACCCCCCAAUGUUUAUGGAAGCAUUGAGUUGAAAAAUGUCGACUUUUCUUACCCAACUCGCCCAGAAGUGUUGGUAUUGAGUAAUUUUAGCCUCAAAGUCAAUGGGGGACAAACUAUAGCUGUGGUGGGAGUUUCAGGGUCUGGGAAGAGCACUAUAAUAUCAUUGAUUGAGAGGUUUUAUGACCCGGUUGCUGGUCAGGUUUUACUUGAUGGUCGAGAUUUGAAACUUUUCAACUUGAGAUGGUUGAGGAGCCACAUGGGUCUUGUUCAGCACGAACCGAUUAUCUUCUCAACAACAAUAAGGGAAAACAUCAUCUAUGCAAGGCACAAUGCAAGUGAAUCAGAGAUGAAAGAGGCAGCAAGAAUCGCAAAUGCUCACCAUUUCAUCAGCAGCUUGCCACAUGGUUACGACACACAUGUGGGGAUGAGGGGUGUGGACCUAACCCCAGGACAGAAGCAAAGAAUCGCAAUUGCACGUGUUGUGUUGAAGAAUGCACCUAUUUUGCUAUUGGAUGAAGCAAGCUCAUCGAUCGAGUCUGAGUCAAGCCGAGUAGUUCAGGAGGCUCUUGAUACAUUGAUCAUGGGGAACAAAACCACCAUUCUAAUAGCCCAUAGAGCAGCUAUGAUGAGGCAUGUAGACAACAUCGUAGUACUUAAUGGGGGGAGAAUAGUAGAGGAAGGGGCGCAUGAUUCGUUGAUGGCGAAGAAUGGUUUGUAUGUCCGUUUGAUGCAACCUCACUUUGGGAAGGGCUUGCGUCAGCAUAGACUUAUUUAGGCAGAGUUUUGGAAUUGGUAUUAAUUUGUGUUUGGUGCAUGGGGAAAAGUCUGCCCAUUUUUCAAGAACGAUGAGAAUUUCUGCAAUGGUAGUUGAGAUAAACAAACAAUGAUGAGGUCUGACGCUGAUGUUCAUAAUGGUGGUUUGGUGGCAUUGGUAGUUAAAUUGUGCAAAUUUAGCAGGUGAGAAGUAGGGUUUUUUUUGUUUUUCAGAAUUCAGUUAGUUUGUGGGGACAAGGUCUCAGGUUUAGAUACAUAUUCUUUUGGAGGCAAAAGCAUAUCAUUAGGUUAGGAUUGUGAUUUUUGUCUCCAUGGUAUAUUGAUUUGUUAAUUAUAGAGUGGAAUGCAGUUGUAAUUUCUCUCUGAAUUUUUUUUUUUCUUUUUUUUUAGUUUGCUUGUCUGUGUGUAUGGUUGAUUGAGCUGUCUCUCUCUCUCUCUCUCUCUCUUGGCGGCAGUUCUCACUAAUUUUCCUGGUUGUAGAUCGUUCUUUCUUCCAUUUGUGAAAAAAUACAUUAGCUUUAAAGGACGAUAAAGUGAAAGGCAUUUGUUGAAA